AACGGGUAGUAUAAUUCAAGUAGGAGCAAAAGAUUCAAUGUGCCUACUCUUUUCUUUGUGAACCACUCGCCUUCAAAACAUGAAAAAACAACACUCGCAAUUUUCCCAACUCAUAACCUUCAAAUCCGCUCUGAUGUAAGGCUAAACUCACUUCUUCACAAUUAAAACAAAGAUGACAUCCAUGAUUUCAAUCGGUCUCUCUUCAACACCCAAAUCCCGCCAUUUUUCUCUCUCCAAAGCCUUCUCAAUCACCCCUUCUUCCUCCAUUAACGUCGUCUCGUCUUUUAAUUUGAGAAGUUCUAGGGUUAGAAUUAGGGGUAUACAAGCUAGCAGCAGUAGCAUCGAUGUUGCGUCGUCUUUUAAGCCCGGAAAAUUGGUGGAGAGUGAUAAGCUUCCGGCGGAUGUUCGAACGCGGGCAAUGGAUGCCAUUGAUUCUUGCGGAGGAAGGGUUACUAUCGGUGAUGUCUCUAGCAAAGCUGGACUUAAAUUGAAUGAAGCUCAAAAGGCUUUGCAAGCUCUUGCUGCUGAUACCGAUGGCUUCUUAGAGGUCUCAGACGAAGGUGAUGUUCUCUAUGUUUUCCCAAAGGAUUACCGUUCAAGGCUUGUGGGUAAAUCAUUUAGGAUGAAAAUUGAACCCUGGGCUGAUAAGGCGAAGUCUGGAGCUGAGUAUUUGAUAAGGGUUUCAUUUGGGACAACGUUAAUUGCUUCAAUCGUUCUUGUGUUUACAGCAAUCCUUAUAGCUGCCUCGAGUGGAAGUGAUGAUGACAGUCGUAAGAGGCGUGGAGGCAGAUCAUUUAGUUCGGGUCCGAAUAUCAACUUCUUUUUUAAUCCAGCUGAUUUAUUUUGGUACACUGAUAGAAAUUACUAUAGGAGACCACAAAGACGAGGGAAUAGUGAAGGCUUGAACUUCAUUGAGUCCGUUUUCUCAUUUGUAUUUGGUGACGGUGAUCCAAAUCAAGGAAUUGAAGAAGAGAGAUGGAAACUGAUAGGACAGUAUAUAGUCUCAAAUGGUGGCGUGAUAAUAGCUGAAGAACUUGCACCAUAUUUGGAUUUGCAGACAGAAGAGAGUGAUGAAUCAUAUAUAUUACCUGUCCUUCUGCGGUUUGACGGCCAGCCAGAAGUAGAUGAAGAGGGAAAUAUUUUAUACAGGUUUCCAUCACUUCAGCGAACUGCUUCCUCGAUAAGAACUGGAAAGAAAGAUUAUGUCGGGAAACGAUUAUCUGCUUUUGAUGGAAUAGUACAAAAGUUCUUUAAAGAGAAUAAGUGGCAAUUCAGCAAAACCAGUUAUACGGAGAGGGCAAUGGUUAUUGGACUGGGCGGGCUGAAUUUGUUUGGAGUGGUUAUUCUUUCAACAAUUCUUAAGGAAAUGGCGGUAAAACCUAGUGGAUUCCUCUCGUUAGUUUCGUCAUUGUUGCCUCUGCUUCAGGUUUAUGCUGGCUCUUUCUUUGCAAUACCCUUGGUUCGCUGGUUUGUCACUGGCAAGAAAAAUUCUGAAAUAGAAAAAAGGAAUCAAGUGAGAAUACUACGAGCUCAGGCACUUGAAUCUCCCGAUGUUUCUCUAAGGGGCAAGCUUCUGAGUGCUAGGGACAUGGCACAGAGAACAGUCAUUGGUAAGGAGAGGAUUGUAUACAGCACAGAAAAGGGUCUAGAUGAGCAAGACUAUGAAGCACGGGAAUGGAACAGAAAAUUUGAAGAACUUGAGAGGUCUGACUGACAAGAACGUACUGACCUGUAAAUUUAUUAUUUUUGCUAGCCCAAGGUGUAGAGUGAUGGAGAUAGUAUUUAUGUACUUAAGGAAAGGAAAAGAAAAACUUCUUAGUUCACUACUUGUCGACAUUGGUUAAAACUGAGUCCCAUAUGUAGUUUGCCUUCAUACAUGUUCGUUCAAUUCGGACAUGGUCUGUCUGUACAGUAUGGUUAAUAUGACUGAAGGCAAUUUCAACGUGGGACAGUGGUGGCUGUGUGGAACUUUCUCGAUGAAUUCACUAGCAUUGCGGCAUUCACUCUUGUUUGCAUAAUAAGUUUUAAGUCUUUUAGCUGUAGGAUUGUAAAUUUUCAGUGACCGUUAAUUCAAUAUACUAUUUGAUUCUUUUGGCGAUUA